AUGCAUGGAGCCCUACCAUCUGCCUAUCUUCAUUUAAAGGCCUUGGCCGACGUGGAGCAUCGCGUACACAAUGGGGUCAUGGGCGAAGUGAUUACCAAAGUCAGAGAAACUCGUCUGGCCGUUCUAUUAGCGCAUAUUCUGAUGAUCCCCAUAUAUUUCUGGCUAAUUCCAUACUUUACAGCUUUUAUCCCAACUUCAUUAUUUCAUGGACUUUUCCUCUUCAUGGCCAUCAGCUCGUUGACGGGUAAUGAAAUGUGGCAGAGAAUUAUGCUCCUUUUUACUGAACAGCGCUCUUACCCGGCCACCAGUUACUUGAGAAAGGUCUCACAAAGAAAAGUCCACGCCUUCACCAUUAUUGAAAUUCUACAAUUAGCCACGCUAUUGGCAGUCGGUUUUUAUCCUUGGCAUUUUGUGGAAAUGGUAUUUCCGGUUGUCAUUGCGUUAUUUAUACCUUUCCGGCAUUUCAUACUCCCGCUAAUGUUUUCUGACGAUGAACUGGAAGCAUUGGAUAGCGAACAU